AUGUGGUGAGGAAGGUUUUUGCCAAAGGAGAAGAGGCUUCUCACAUGUCUCUCAUAGACAAAGCAGACCUGUUCUUCCACGAUUACUCCCUGGGACCUCUCUUUGUCCAAGAGAACUACGUCCACGUCAGGCCCGCUGCUGCUGGGAACAACUUGGCAAAAGAACUCAUCUUACUUAGCAAAACGGCGGACAGCAUUUGCGACGGCGAUUUAGUCGACCGCCAGAUUCGCGCGCGGCAAAACUGGAGCCUUUUACCCACACAGGCCAUUUAUUCGAGUGUCCUGCCCGGGGAGCUGAUGAGAGGCUAUAUGCAAGAAUUUCCGAGUUUCCCAAGCUGGUUGGGAAAAUUUUCAUCCACUGGGAAGCACGACCGCAUCGUACAGGAGCUCUCCAGGCACAUGAGUCUCAGAACACACGCGAGUAAGAGGGCAGUAAACCUGGACUAUCUAUCCUAUCUGCGCGACGCCGUUGUGCGACCGUUGACCUGCCAAGGCUCGGAAGGGGUCCGGGACGCUGUCGCCUUCAUGGAUUCUUACUGCUUGUUGAGGGAAGAUGUGGAAAACCUCAUGGAGGUCACCAGCUGGGCCGGGAAACCCAGCCCGUUUUCCAGUUUGGAUCCCAAGGUGAAAUCGGCGUUCACCCGGGCCUACAAUAAAGUCGCACACCUUACCCCCUACUCCUUGCAAAUGGCACCGAAGACGAGGCGAGUGGGGUCGGUGGAUGCGGACCUGAACGAAGAGCUGGAAUCUAACAAGGCCGAGGCCGAAACCGAGCAAGGAAGCCUCGAAAGCGAUGCGAUGAUUAAGUGCUUCUAA